CAAGCGCUCUGCCAACAAGCUCUACCCGCAGGCCUUUUUUCUUUCUUGACCGAAAUCAAUUUCUCCAUAGAUAUUUCCGUUUGCGCGGGGAAACUAAAAGGCAGUUGAACACAAUUUUGCUUUUCCUGGCCUUGUCGUGCUCGCCACGCGUGCUUCUCCUUCUCUGGGCUCCUUCGAGGCCUUUGUUGCAGGGGACGCUUCGGCCCCGCGCCUGCCCCUCGCGUCCCGCCCGCGGUGCGCGGUCCUUCGGCCUGCAGGGGGCGCUGUGCGCGCCCUCGGCCCCGCCGCCCGCAGCGCUUCUGAAAGGGCCGGCGGGGCACGUGGCUCGGGACGCCGUUCGCGGCCGCCGGGGAAUAGCGAGACUGGCGGCGCCGCCCCUCCGCCCGCGAGGGCCCAGGACGCCGAGCACCGAGCCCGCGAGGACGCGGCCGCGGCGCCGAAGUGAGGCCUGCCCCGGUUCCAGAGGGACAGAAAAGCCAAUGGGGGACCAGCAACCUUCCACGCCCUGUCCAUCUUCCCCUACGACCACUAAGAAGAGCUCAUACCUUUACUCCACGGAGAUCACACUGUGGACUGUGGUGGCCGCCACGCAGGCUGUGGAGCAAAAGGUGGACUCCUGCCUGACCCGUUUGCUGGCUCUGGAGGGCCGCAUGGGGACGGCGGAGAAGAAGCUGGCGGACUGCGAGAAGACCGCCGCUGAGUUCGGCAACCAGCUAGAGGGCAAGUGGGCCGUGCUGGGGACCCUGCUGCAGGAGUACGGGCUGCUGCAGCGGCGGCUGGAGAACCUGGAGAACCUGCUGCGCAACCGAAACUUUUGGAUCCUGCGGCUGCCCCCCGGGAGCAAGGGCGAGGUCCCCAAGGUGCCUGUGACCUUUGAUGAUGUGGCCGUGUAUUUUUCCGAGCAGGAGUGGGGCAAGCUGGAGGACUGGCAGAAGGAGCUGUACAAGCACGUGAUGCAGGGCAACUAUGAGACCCUGGUCUCCCUUGAUUAUGCCAUCUCCAAACCAGACAUCAUUGCCCGGAUGGAGAGAGGAGAAGAGCCCUGGCCCAAAGGCCUGUGGGGCCAGGAGAAGGGCGGUGGGGAGCCAGCAGCAUGCCCCAGGAUGCCGGGUCCCACUCCAUGUCCGGAGCAGGUUCCCAGCUCCGUCAGCCUCACCCAGGAGGAACCCAAAGAAGGACUCGCCCCUGUGCAGCAGCAGGAUGAGGAAGCAGGGCUGAUCCCUGCUGGCCCUCCAGCGAGCACCCUGGUUAAAGAGGAGGGAGACUUUCCAGAGGGGGCCCCAACAGCCUCCCCUCUCAGGGACAGUCUGCCCAGUGUGGGUUCAGGUGGCAGUGCUGUGGCCAUUAAGAUAGAAGCUCCAUCCAAGGAUGACACAAUGCCAGAGCAGCCUAUUCUGGGGUCCCCAAGCCAGACCAAGUGUAGAAUCCCCAAGGGGCCUAGAAACCAGACUGGAGGUCCCAUGCAGCGUCGUGCCCAGGUAUUGCCCCGGCCACCAGGAGCUGUUGGGGAGCUGCCCCAGGUACUACCUCGCCGGCGGCAGGAGCGUAGCUUCCCUUGUCCAGACUGUGGACAGAGCUUUCGCCUGAAAAUCAACCUGACAAUCCACCAGCGGAGCCACACAGAGCGGGAGAGGGAUAGCCAUGCCACCCUGGAGCCAGGCGAGGUGGUAGUACCUGGCCCUGUCAUCCGCUGGCUCCCUGAGGAGCCCAGGGCCCACCGUGCCCUGGCAGCCCAGGUCUUGGCUGGGCGGAAGCCAAUGGCUACCAAAGUGUACCACUGCAGCAAGUGCCUGCGCUUCUUCCAGCAGCGUAGGAGCCUGCUGUUGCACCAGCGCCUGCACACAGGUGACAGCCAGGGCUGGCCCACUUGCCCCUACUGCAGCAAGGCCUUCCGCCGGCCCUCAGACCUCUUCCGUCACCAGCGCAUCCACACAGGUGAGCGGCCCUACCAGUGCCCCCAUUGUGGCCGGGCCUUCAACCGCAAUCACCACCUGUCUGUCCACAUGCAGACUCACACCCGGGGACAGGGGCCCCUACAGGGGCCCGGCCACAUGGAGGAGGGCUGACACCGGGGGGCCCGCCAGACACCCGUGGCCCUCUGGGCACCUGCGCUCUGUUUCCAGACCCUUGCCGUGCACCUCUAUCUGGUUCCUCAUAUGAUGAUGGCUUUAGAGAGACAUUUUUCAUGCAUAUGGGAAGCAUCAACCGUACUGGGUCAGUGUACAUGUGUGACUAGGUGCUUCCAUUUCUCAAAUGUGUCACACUGCUGCCUCUUCUACAUUCCUGGCUUAUAAAGCAUUUCAUCAGGUGUAAGGAAUGCUGACUUUUGGAAGUAACUUUGGCUGGUACCAGAAUCAAGAGGACCACACAUCGGACCCAUCUCAGAUGGAGCCACAGAGACCUCAAGGAACGGGCUGACUGCACAGUCUGCUUGUGGCCAUGUGAAAAGCAGUGGAAUGAACAGGUGGUCUGAGGGAAAUUUGCAUUUUCUACUUGGCUACUUUGAGACUCUUUUUGCUUCUUAAGGAGCUUUCCUAAUAUUUUUGCAAGUAUUGUGUAGAGUUGCAAAGGGGACCAGGUGCUCCUAUGAGUUGAGAAGAGAAGCUGAGUCCAAACUGCUAUGGCCUUGAGGUAGCUCUUCAUGGCCCAAGAAGCACAGGUUUCUUUGCCCACAGUGGCUCCAGGCCACAGAGCAGUCUCAUUUAUUAUUUCCUCCCACUGUCAGAUGAGCCAGGAGGGAGUGGCUCUCAGGUUGUAUUGACUGGACCUCAGAUGUCUGGAGGGGGUGCAGGGUAAGCACUAGAAGACCAGCCUUGAGAGGGUGCCCCUCACCUGGGCCAACCCACCUGGGCUCUGGGGUCAAACUGAGCAGGAAGGUCUGAGAAAACCCCUUCAGCUACCUCAGAGUUCAUGUUCCUGUCUAAGAGACUGACAGCCCCAGUGCCACCUGCCUCACCUCAGUCCUGUCAGUGUCACCUGUAGGGGCACCAUACAAAGUAGAAGACUGGCUUUGUCCUUCCUUCCAAACUCAGGGCCUCCUUUCUGGUCCAUGGUGAUGGCCAGGCCUUUCCUCCCAGGAAGAAUCCCUCAGGAAGGGCCUUUCUCCUCUAGAUAGCACAGGCUACACCCACCAGGUUCAGGGAUGGAGCUUGAGUGCUGGUGGCCUUUUUACCAAAGUACAGAUUUGAUCUCAGGAAGCUGAGGCCAUAGCAUUAGGCCUUAUAGAAGCAUCUUGAGAAAAGCUUGUUUCUCUUGUGAUAAUCACGUCACAGUGCUGUCUGUAGAACAGACAUGCGCUGGGUGACAGCCACUAGCCCUGCUGACAGCUUGCUGUCUUGUUUGGCCUGUUCUGGGUAUCUGGUUCCUAAAUGUGCCACUUCUUGUUCUUCUGACCCUUGCCAGUUGAGGCCAGAUGAUAACACUGUUGUCACGUUUGGGAGGAGAACACAGGUCUGUGCCAGUUCCCCUGCGUUCCCACCCUCCUGCACUGUGGGUCCUGCUUGGCCUUGUUGGGGACCCCAGGAGUCAGAGACAGGCAGCCACUGCAGGCUGGGACCAAUGCAAAAACCAGUCUGGGUGUUCAGGAGGUGGUAGGAAAUGCCCAGGGCUAGGCUUGCUUUUCCAAAUGCCCCUGUAAAUUGCAAAGGUUCUAUGCCCAAAACUCAGGUGUCUCAUUUUUGCACUCCAUUGGCUUUGCCCAGCUCAGGGCUAGGCCUGCUGAGUUUGCCCUUAGGUUUCAAGUGUUGUCUAAGUUGAAAUGAAUCAGAGGAGGCUGUCUGAUGCAGGAGUCCACUUCCACAAUGAGGUUAAGUUCCUUCUCACGCUGGGCCUAGGUGUGGGUCUUUCAUUUGCUUAAGAGAAAUGAGAUGCCUGAACUGUGAAGGCUUAAGAACUUUUUUUUUUUUCUUUUUUGGCACCAGGGAUCAAAUUCGCACUUGCCAGGCAGGCGCUUAUGCUGCUGAACUAAAUACCCAGCCCCUAAAGGCUUAAGAACUGUGACGGUGGCAGUCCCCUGUCCUUACUGGUGCUCAAUAAACAGGCUGGCAUAAACGA